AUGGACGGCUGUGUGGACACCCACCUUGACCAGCUGCACCUGGAGGACUGUGGUGAUGAGCACUCCUCCCUCUGCGCCUCCAUACUCUCGGUAGACAGCGACGCUAGCAACCCAGAGGAGCACCCCCAGAAGGCCAGGCGCUACUCUGGCGCCUUCAACGACCCCACACCUCGGGCGCCCCAGCCGCCACCAUGCGAGCCCUCCUGGACCCCAGACGCGUCGGACGCGCUCUACAACAUUCAGGGAUGGGGCUCGGGCUACUUUUCAAUCAGCCAGAAUGGCCACCUCCUGGUGAAGCCCCAGGGUGAGGAGGGCCCGGCGCUGGACCUGUUCAAGCUGACGCAGGCGGCGCAGGCGCAGGGGCUGCGCGCCCCGCUGCUCUACCGCUUCCUCCCCAUCGUGGGCCACCGCAUCAACAAGCUCAACGCCGCGUUCCGCGCCGCCAUCGACCGCUUUGAGUACCAGGGCGCGUACCAGGGCGUUUUCCCAGUGAAGGCAAACCACGACAGGGCGCUGAUCCAGGCGGUGGUGGAGUACGGCGCGCCCCACAGCUUUGGGCUGGAGGUGGGCAGCAAGGCGGAGCUGGUGAUGGUGAUGAGCCAGCUGGCGGGGAGGCCGCCGGGCACCAACCUGGUGUGCAACGGCUACAAGGAUGCCGAGUACAUGGAGCUGGUGCUGCACUGCCGCGAGCUGGGCAUGAAUGCGAUGGUGGUGAUGGAGCAGUACAGCGAGGUGGACCUGCUGCUGGGCACGGCGCGCCGCCUGGGCGUGCGCCCCUCCAUCGGCAUCCGGGCCAAGCUGACCACCCGCCACAACGGCCACUGGGGCUCCACCAGCGGCGAUAAGGCCAAGUUUGGGCUGCGCGCGCGCGAGAUUGUGGCGGCGGUGAACAAGCUGGGCGAUGAGGGCAUGCUGGACUGCCUGCACCUCCUCCACUUCCACGUCGGCUCCCAGAUCACCAACAUCCGCAUGGUGAAGGAGGUGAUGCGGGAGGCAUCCUUCCUGUACGCAGAGCUGGUGCAGAUGGGCGCAUCCAUGCGGUACAUCGACUGUGGCGGCGGCCUGGCGGUCGACUACGACGGCUCCUUCACCGACUCCUCCGCCUCCAUGUCCUACACCCUGCAGCACUACGCCAACGACGUGGUGAGCGCGGUGCAGGAGGUGUGCAUCCAGCGCGGCAUCCCGCCCCCCACCAUCAUCACCGAGAGCGGGCGCGCGCUGGCCUCGCACCACUCGGUGCUGGUGUUUGACGUGCUCACCACCGUGCCGCUCGCCGCUGCGCCCCAACCACCCCUGCCCCUGCCCCUGUCCCCACCCCCCCAACACACACACACACACGCAGACGCCAGCGCGCUGCGCGAGGCCUUCAACGACGCCUCCUACUUCAAGGAUGAGGCGGUGCGCGCCUUCAAGCUGGGGGUGCUGUCCCUGGAGGAGCGGGCGCAGGUGGACAUGAUGUUUGACGCCGCCUGCGAGCGCAUCCGCCAGGUGGCGCUGGCCCACGACCUGCCCCUGCCCGAUGCGCUGCGCCCCGAUGCCGUGCCCCACACCCGCAUGUACCACGUCAACAUGAGCGCCGAUUUCCGCUCCGCUGUGGACAGCUGGGCCAUCCACCAGCUCUUCCCCAUCCUGCCCAUCCACCGGCUGUGCGAGGAGCCCAGCGUGCCCGCCACCCUGGCGGACCUCACCUGCGACUCAGACGAAAAGGUGGACAGGUUCAUCAACCCCAAGGUGGGGGUGGGGGGCGGCGAGCCGCUGCCUGCGCUGCCGCUGCACCCGCUGCGCGAGGGCGAGAAGUACUACCUGGCCCUCUUCCUCACCGGAGUGUACCAGGAGGUCAUGGGCUCUGUCCACAACAUGUUUGGAUCCCUCAACACGCUGGUGGUGCGCGACGCACGCCCCGGCGCCGCCGCAGCCGCCGCCGCCGGCCAGCGCCCGGCCAACCAGGCGCACCCAAUGACGGGUGAGGGGCCCGCGGCCAGGGCGGCUGGGAGUGGUGCUUGGGGGAGGUGCAGGCUGGGCUGGGGCGGCAGCUGGCGGGUAUUUCUGCGCGGCCGUGUGGCGCGUCUUCCAGCGAUGAAAGCUGACCUAGCCCUGCACCCCUGA